UAAUUGUUCCACUGUGAUACCGGGGAAGAGAGAGCGAGAUAUACUGAUCACUAUAAUAUCAAGUGUGGCCAUGAAUUGGAAAAUUGAAGACUAUAUAGCAAAAUAGCUGUGCAUUCUGAUUUCAUCUAAAUGCAACCAAAUAGUCCUCGAUCUUGGCAAGACUGAGUUCUCUUCUCCAAAACACUGUGAAUGAGGGUGAUUGGUUCUGGUGCAGAUGCAGAAUAUUCUAAAGAAAAUUUUAUUUGGCAAUGAGUAAUUCUUCGACGACCGUGCCGCCUACUGAUGAAAGUAAUACAGUUGCGGGAUUUAUUCUUAUACCUUUCAUUGUUCUGACAUUAAUUGGAUUUGCUGUUGCUAUGGUGAUGUACAUUCAGAAGAGACGCAGAUUGGAUAUGUUGCGACACCAGUUAUUACCUGUGUAUGCCUUUGACCCUACUGAGGAGUUGCAAGAAACUGAGGAAGAGCUGCUCCUUGACAGUGAUGAGCCAAAGCUGAUACAAGGUUGGGGAGCAUCACAACAUUAUAAAAGAGCGUUCUUCACAAACAGUAUGAAGGCUUGAUCGAUUGGUUCAUAUGGCACCAGGGAAACUCCUGAUCACCGAGCAUUCACAGAAGAGCUGCUACACAAUCUGGUUUCUGAAAAGCAGUAUGCAGAAAUGAAUGCCUCUGACCCAUACACAGCACUGGAUUACCUCGAACAGAGACAAAAUGUACUUUCGUUGACAUGUUUGAUCCCAAUGCAGAGGAUUUGGUGUAUUUUGUUUCCUUGCCUUCAAGGCACAUAUGCAUGUUGUGUUCACGCUACAUAUACAACCCACAGAAUUGUGUAGAUCCCGGAAAAGUUUUCAACAAAUAAUGCAUCAAUGAGCUAGGAAGAGAGGAAUCUUUUUAAUUUACGAUUUCAUUUGACAUUGUGUGUAAUUAUCAAAGAAAUUUAUAGAUUUUCAAAACAAUGCAAUUAAUACUAGCUAUAGGAUAUGUGGGUAAUUUGGGGGUAUUGUAAUUGGUUAUGACAACCCCACUUCUAUUCGGUACACUGAAAACAAAGGAGAAUAUGUUUUGAGUAAAGCACACAUUUUUGAGUACUCAGAAUUGAACACUGUGAUUGAAGCCAAAUCUACUGAGAUUUAUAGUGAUACUUCAAAUAACAAACCAUCUCAUUCCUGGAGGGAUUAUUGACUUACUGAGAUUUUGAAUUCAAUAUACAUUGAGAAGUCUUGAAUCCCAUUUCCUUAGUGGAGGCAAACUCAUGGUCAAUUACAGUUAAAUUAAAAAAAAUACAGUAGAUACAAGAAGUUGAAUAUAAAAGAGAAUGCAAGCAACCAGCAAGGGAGGCAACAUUUCUGGAGGGAGAAAAACAGAGUUAACAUUCUCAAUCAACCUUUUGAAGAUAGUUUUGCUGUCCAUGGAUGCACUUUCAACCCUUUCUGUUUUUACUCCUGUUGGUUGCUUAUUUUUCUCAGGAACUUGCAGUAUCGAAAGAAAAUCUGUUGCACAUACUGUAUUUUGGUGCUCUCUGAUCGGUUGGACUAAAAAGGCACUGAGAGCGUUACAGCACUGACAUAUGGUGGCUUAGCACUUCAUACUGAUACCUUGUGCAUGGUUGAUAACUGUCCACCAUCAGCUGCUUAACUUUAUUUGACAAAACUUUAUUGGCCCGAAGGGACUUGUUUCAAUACUGUAUGACUUUUUAUCUUAUUUAACUGUACUUGUGCAUCUGACAGUUUGAAACAGUUACAAACCAGUUACCAUACUGUGUCCCUAGAAUUCUUAAAAAAAAUAUUUGCUGCGCAGAUAUUUAACCCUUGAGUUACUACCAUGCCUUAUCAUUACUGUUGCAAAACCAUUUGGGGGCCUCCUAACUUUUUCUUGUGGCACAAGAGCAGUAACUUUGCAAAUAACUCAAGUUCAAGCAGAAUAUGUUUCAUUUAUUCAUGUUGGUGUCUCUUAGUUUCUCAGAGAAUUGAGGGUUUUAUAACCAACUCAGCAAUACUUCUCAGUCCCAUGAUGGUCAUCAUCUGUUUUUUAAGAUAAGUAUUUCUUUCUUUGGAAACUCUGAAGUAGUAUAUGAUGUUGAUGAGUGUUUGACUGACCUCUCUAUAAGUUCAUCCUCUCGAAACGUGGUACAAUCUAUUGGUUUAUAUUGCAUUAUUCAUUUUUUGGCAGCAAAGUUCCUUGGUGAGGAAGAUGUACACUAUUUUAUUCAUCUGUGCAUUUUUGUGAAAAUCAGCAAUCACUUUAAUACUGUUCAAUACCAAAAGUCAUCAUUCCAUCUCAGGUUGUACAAAGAAAUAUGACAAACACAGAGAUUCUGGAGAUGCUGGAAAUCCAGAGUAAUGCACACAAAAUGCUGCAGGAACACAGUAGGUCAGGCAGCAUCUAUGGAGAGGAAUAAAGAGUCGAUGCUUUGCACCGAGACCCUUCAUCAGAACUGAUCAUCCUGAAGAAGUGUCUCAACCCCACAUGUCAACAGUUUAUUCUUCUCCACAGAUGAUGCCCAACGUGCUGAGUUCCUCCAGCAUUUUGUGUGUGAAACUUUAUAAAUGCAGAUCCCAAAAAUGGUUAUAUUUGUGUCACCAAAACACCCUAAAAUGUUGUGCUUCAUGCUAUAUUAAAAAUAUGACCCUGGGACAAUAUUGGUAAACAAAAAUACAGAUUGCAGGUGCCUUCUGCCAUUUCUGUGUGAGCAUUGUCAUUCUUGAAUCUUACAGAGCCUCUGUG